AUCUAACUCAAACUUUCCCUUUGGAGUGUUUCUCUUCUGCCAGAUUCAAAUUCCAGUUCACUCACUUCCACUCCACACACACACGGAGAGAGAGAGAGAGAGAGAGAAUUGAUGCUAGAUCCGGCAAAUGCCUUGGUUCCACCCCCAUGCUCUCCGACGAACUCCUCCUCCUCUUCCUCCUCCGAUCUCGACACCGAGUCAACAGGUUCGUUUUUCCAUGACCGGAGCACGACGCUGGGGACGCUAAUGGGCGUCAACUUCCCCGCGAUCGCCUUCAGGGUCCCCUCGCAGCGCGGAGAAUCCGCUGCCGCCGCCGCGGUGGGGAACGACGGCGGCGGCGGAGGAGGGGGGCGGAGGAGAGGCAACAGGGCGUUGGUGUCGGUGGCGGAGCGGCGGCGGCGGAGGUGGUGGAGCCUGUGCAGGGACGACGACGAGUCGCGGCCGUCGUCGCUGGGGGAAUUCCUGGAGGUCGAGCGGAGGUUCGGCGACGUGGCGCUGUUCGGUGCGGAACUCGAAGGCGGCGGCGGCGGUCGGACGCGGGAGGGCGGGAUGUUGUUCGCCGACGGGAGGGUGCUGCCGCCGCGGCAGGCCGCGGAGGAGGAGGCGACGGGUUCGAGCGGCGGAGCUCUUUGUAGGUUUCCCGUGUCGCUUACCGGGAUCUGCAGCGGUGGUGCGGGAUAGAAAUGUAAUUUCGGUGUUCUCCGUAUUGUUGUCGGUUGAUUGAUCAUUUGAUGGCUAACCAACUAUUUGCCGGAUAUAAAGUGGAGUUAAAUGAUUUAAUUGGACACUUUGUUUUAUUUCUGUGGUAUAGAUUUUUUUUUUGUCAAGUGUUAAAUAUUUUUUUAUUUACUUUACUUAUUUAUCUCAAAGGCCCCGUUCCCGUCACAGAAAUAAGGAAUUUUGAAUUAAAGUUGACGUAUUGUGAGAUACCCC